GCGAGGCCGUGUCGCGAGGCGGCCCCGCGGGCGGGCGCCGACCUGGUGUCAUUGGGCUCCGAGCAGCGGACGCGGCGGCCGCGGGACCGGCAGGGCCAUGGCGGGCGCUCUGGCGCGGAAAGCGGCGGACUAUGUCCGCAGCAAGGACUUCCGGGACUACCUCAUGAGCACGCACUUCUGGGGGCCUGUGGCCAACUGGGGCCUUCCCAUCGCUGCCAUCAACGACAUGAAGAAGUCUCCGGAGAUCAUCAGUGGGCGGAUGACGUUCGCCCUCUGUUGCUACUCCUUGACCUUCAUGAGAUUUGCCUACAAGGUGCAGCCACGAAACUGGCUCCUUUUUGCCUGCCAUGCGACCAAUGAGGUGGCCCAGCUCAUUCAGGGAGGACGGCUCAUCCAAUACGAGAUGACCAAAAAGGCCUCCGCAUAGGACGGGCUGAGGCUGCUCCGAGGGCCAGCGUCGCCAGCUGCCGCUGCUGAGUCACAGCUGCUCCCUGCGCGCCCCGGGACCGUGG